AGUGAGUGCCGUCGCCAACACUUGGAUUAUCUUCAAGCGGCAGUCUGCGUGCGAAUGUGGCACACGACGGACGUGCCGCCGACGCGCUCGUGUUCCUUUGUGACGUGAUUAAACAUAUUUCCGUGAACAAAAUGGCAGUGGACAAAGAUGUGAACCUUGUGGAGUCCGCAGACUUAAAACCCAUUAUGUCCGACAGGAGUGGAGCCCACAAGGUGACCAUUGCUCCCGCGCAGCAUAAGACCCUGACGCACUUGCCCAAGAGACCACCAGUGGACUUGGCAUUCACUGAUCUUACUUACAAAGUGCAAGAGGGAAGAAAAAGCAAUGUGAAGACAAUCCUGAAGUCAGUGUCCGGGCGCCUACGCUCUGGCGAGCUGACUGCCAUCAUGGGACCCUCGGGCGCGGGCAAAUCCACGCUGCUCAACAUACUCACUGGAUACAAGACAUCAGGAAUGGAAGGCAGCAUUACAGUGAACGGCAUGGAGCGCAACCUGUCCAGUUUCCGCAAGCUGUCCUGCUACAUCAUGCAGGACAACCAACUGCACGGGAAUCUCACUGUAGAAGAGGCCAUGUCCGUGGCUACAGCGCUCAAACUCCCGUCCGUUACCGCACGAGCUCAUAAGGAGGAAGUGAUACAAGAGAUCCUCGAAACCCUUGGUCUAUCAGAGCAUCACAAAACAAUGACCUCCAACCUCUCUGGAGGUCAGAAGAAGCGUCUCUCCAUAGCCUUGGAGCUGGUCAACAACCCGCCUAUUAUGUUCUUCGACGAGCCCACAUCAGGUCUGGACAGUUCUUCAUGCUUCCAAUGCAUAUCGCUCCUCAAGACGCUGGCCAGUGGCGGCAGGACCAUCAUCUGCACAAUACACCAGCCUUCAGCUCGCUUGUUCGAGAUGUUCGACCAUUUGUACACGCUAGCCGAUGGACAGUGCGUGUACCAAGGCAGCACGGGGAGGUUGGUGGAAUGGCUGGGCAGCUUGAACCUAGCGUGUCCAUCAUACCACAACCCGGCGUCCUUCAUCAUCGAGGUGUCGUGUGGCGAGUAUGGCGACAACACCGGCAAGCUGGUGCGGGCCAUAGACAACGGCAAGAAUGACAUUAGAAACGGCGUGCCGUUCCCCGAGAACAACUACAACAAUAAAAACGACAUGGCGCUGUCGCUUGCGCAGGAGCGCAACAAGAACGAUCUAUCUCAACUGCAGGAGAAGUUCAUUGACCCGCCCGACGCGAACGGCAAUGGCAAUCUGCAAAAUGGCAUCUUGCAAUACGCUGCCAACGAGAUUUCCAAGGGAAAAGGUGAGCCUCUAGUGGUGCAAAUGGAGCUGGAGAAGCCCGACAACGCGGAGGUGGCGUUGCUCGGCGAACAGAGCCCCAAACGAUACGCCACGUCGGAGUUCAAACAGUUCUGGGUCGUGCUCAAGAGGACGCUGCUCUUCAGCAGGAGGGAUUGGACGCUGAUGUACCUCCGUUUGUUCGCUCACAUACUGGUCGGCUUCCUGAUCGGAGCGCUUUACUACGACAUCGGCAAUGACGGCUCCAAGGUGUUGUCCAACCUGGGUUUCCUGUUCUUCAACAUGCUGUUCCUUAUGUACACCUCCAUGACUAUCACUAUACUAAGCUUCCCGCUGGAGAUGCCGGUGCUAAUAAAGGAACACUUCAACCGCUGGUACUCGCUGCGCUCCUACUACCUCGCCAUCACAGUGUCUGAUAUACCCUUCCAGGCGAUAUUCUGCGUGAUCUACGUGGUGAUCGUGUACCUGCUGACGUCACAGCCGGCCGAGUGGUUCCGCUUCUCGCUGUUCCUGAGCUCGUGCCUGCUCAUCUCCUUCGUGGCGCAGAGCGUGGGGCUCGUCGUCGGCGCCGCCAUGAACGUGCAGAACGGCGUAUUCCUAGCGCCCGUGAUGUCUGUCCCAUUCCUGCUGUUCAGCGGGUUCUUCGUGUCCUUCAACGCCAUCCCCAAGUACCUGCGCUGGAUCACCUACCUCUCCUACAUCCGCUACGGCUUCGAGGGCACAGCACUCGCCACCUACAGCUUCGACAGGCCCAAGCUCAGGUGCCAUCAGGCGUACUGCCAUUUCAAAAACCCGUCGACCACGUUGGAGGAGCUGGACAUGCUGGACGCGGACAUCACUCUGGACAUCGCCGCUCUGUGCCUCAUCUUCGUGGUGCUCAGGAUCUCCGCCUUUCUGUUCCUCCGGUGGAAACUCAAGUCCACCAGGUAAAUUGUAAAUAUGUACAAUUAUCGCCAAAAAAAAACUAUGAACAAUUUUUUUAAUCGGCCUUAUGAUUAAAAUAGUCUUACUUAUAAAAUAAAAACACAUGUAUUCCUGAAAAAAAAAA